AACUCAGCUAUAAAACUGAGAAUGGAGGUUAACAUAGCCAUUAUGGGGAUGGAGAGUGUCGGUAAAUCAGCACUGACUGUGCGGCUGUUGACUCAGCGAUUCAUCGGAGAGUAUGGGGACAUAGAAUCCAUCUACAGCCACAGUCUAGUGGUAGGUGGGAAAGAAAUGACCCUGAACAUCUGGGAUUCACCUUAUUCUCAUGAUUUGUGCUCAGACUCUUCCCUCUUUGAGAAGAAGGUCCACUGGGCAGACGGAUAUGUUCUUGUCUACAGCAUUUGUGAUCGAGCCAGUUUCAACACAGUUGCAAGACUGAUUCAGACCAUCAGAUCCACAAAAGACUACCUGAACCCUGACAAAGUGCCCAUAGCGGUUGUUGGUAACAAAAGUGACCUGCACCACAGGCGCACAGUGCUGAGCGAGGAGGGUCAGCGGCUGGCUGUGUCCGCAGAUGGCCACUUCUGUGAAGUGUCUGCAGCAGAGAACUACCACAGUGUGCUCACGGUGUUUCACGGACUGAUGGGCAGGAUGAAGGACACCAAACUGGCAACAAAAAGGCCACUGAGAUUGAAGGGUAUAGUCAAAAGCAUGUCUGCAGUGUUCACCAGAAGAUGGACAGACUCCUUUUAGAAAGCCAAAGAAAGCUCGCCUGGAUGGAAAUUAAAUAUUAAAACCUUCAGUGUUCUUUCUGCUUGCACAGUUCCUCAGAUACUCUCCAGUUCAUAGU